CGGGGAAAACCGUGUUCCGAAUCUCGCUUUAACUUAGUGUUCGACGCGUGAAAUCACCAGGCAAGCUUUUACCCGAGCAAUAUUUUGUUAGCAUUGUUGAACUAAACGCUGGCUUUUAACAAUGGACCGGUUGUUAAUGAACUUUGACAGCAGCGUCUGCCUGCACCUGAAACCUCCAGCUUCUGCCUUUAAUACUGCAGUUCCAUUGGUUUUCUGGUGAUGCACGGCCUGCACUGAACUCACAUUUUCCACGAGCAUGCAAUUUCAAGUGGCGUCAUCAAACUGUUCAUGUGUCAUUGUCAGUGUGUUGCAGUUAUUAAUGCCUCUUCUGUAAUCCUCUUACUGACUGAUCCACAUCAUCACAACAGCACAAUACAAAUGCAUGAUGAUACUUUAAUAUAUCAGUUCUGCUGUGUUCGGCUGCCUGUGAGCAAGGUAGUGAUGCGCACAGCGUGUACGCAUAUUUUUUUUAGUUUUGAAUACAGACAAACAACAUAUAAAGUUCUGCAAAGGAUUCCAUUGAUGCAAACGUGAGGCAUGUGGAUUGACAGCAGCUUUUAUUCCAGUUUGAAAAUUAUAUGUCGUUUUCAUGGACCUGAAGCAGGACAUGAAGGAAUUCUUGGCUGGCUGGUGUGACCUUUGAACCUCUCAUCUCUACACGUUUUAUGCAAGACUGUGUCUCGUUCAGUCAUUUUUCUACCUUGUAAGCUGUGUGUCAAGAUGAAUCAUUCAUUUUUGUCAGUUUUGAAACCCCUUUUUUCUUGUCCCACUCAUGGUUUUAGAUUUGUUCCUUGUUUUCAUCGAGUGAGCACUGCAGGCUCUGAUUUGAGGCUUCAUGCCAAACUGUAUUGUUAGCGAAGCCUUAUAACAUUGUUGCAACCUGAAGUGAAAAAAAACUCAAACUUGUUAACAUCCUGUUUGUACAAAUAUAAACUGAAACAAAUAUUGACUUAGGAACGAACAGACUUAACAAACCACAUUAGUGUGAUUUACAUGAGUGAAUUUGGCUCAUUGCGAUCCCGAUCUAGUCCAUCCAGUUACCAGUUCCCUUCAAACAUGUCACAUCAUAACAGUUGCUUUUUUAACUUAAUAACUUGAGCCGGUUUUUAUUACCAACCCUUCAUUAUAGAUGCAUAACUGCUAGAACUACACUAAUGUGAAAUCCUAGGCACCAUUUUGGCCUAUUGCAUCUUUACGCAGCCCAGAUUCUUUACCUCAAAUAACCACCGCUAUAUACCUUCAUGUCAGAAUUUAAAUCUCUUCUAGGAAUUGAAUAAAUCCAAACCAGAUGGUUGGUGUUUCCUCCAAUUGUGCUGGAGGUUUGUUUGUCUCUUCUUUCGGCGGUUUCUUUUUCUUCUUCUUAAACUCAGAUUUUUUUGUAUCCAUUACUUUCUUUAUACCAUAUUAGACCUUGAGUUUAAUUUUUUUCACGUCACUUUUUAAAACUAUUGCAACUGUUUAUUAAUAUCGACAUAUCAAAUCAAACAUAGCCAUAGGUUGUCUAUUUAGACUAUUUUUUAACCAUUGUUUAUUGAUCACAAAAUCUCUAUGCACAUUUUUCGCCACAAUUUCCUUUUUCAUUUGGGAGAUCAUACUUUGACUCGACACAAAAUAAUAAUAAUAUUCAGAUCUAAUUUCCCUAUUGGUGAGAAGAAAAGCUCGUCCAAUCUAAUCUAUAUCUAAACAUCUAUCUUUUGAACAUUUUUUUCAUCAUAAUUUAUCGUUCUGUUUUGACGUGAUGAGACUGAGACAGAAACACCAGGGGGCGGUAGAAAGCCAACAUCACCGCCGCGCUGUCGUCUGCACACAGAGGGCUACACAUAGGACCUGUCGGUGUUAUGACAAAUCUCUGCAGGGGUCAGGGAAGUUUAGUCGGACACGGUGGAUAACCGAGUCAGCUGUUUGUCCUCGACGCGGAUGUAGGUCACUGAGAUGAGCUGCACAGAAGCCGCGCUUUUCCUCAUUUCCUGGGUACCGAGCUCCACCAUCCCAUGGAUGUUCAGGUUCCUUUCACUGCUGUGAUUUUUGCUCUCUGGGCUGUCCACUUGCCUUACAAGGUUCCCUCCAUCCUUGUGUUGCCAUGGCGAUGCGGGAGUUGGUGGAGGCCGAUUGCGGGGGAGCCAACCCCCUCAUGAAGCUGACUGGCCAUGUGACCCAGGAAGGAGGGGCGUGGCGCCACCGCUCCACCCCGACGAUUCCUCCAACUCCCAUUGAACUAGCCACUGAAGAAGAGCUGGUGAAUGAGUUCCUUCAGGCCCCGCCGAGACCCCCGCAGACCUUCGACAUGGGUCAGCUGUUGGAGGAGAUGCAGCAGAUCGACCAGCAGAGCUUCAGACAGGCUCCACAGAGAGCUCCCGACGUGGCGGCGCUGGCUCUCUCCGGAGACUGGACGGCAGAGUUCCUCUCGAGCUCCGACUCGGCUUCUGCACCGGGGCUCAUCGCUCUCGGAGACGCCGCAGACGCCGACUGGACUAAAGAGUUUAUUGCCGAGGCGGCAGAUCCCGGGCGAUGGGCCGAGGAGUAUCUGGAGCAGUCCGAGGAGAAGCUGUGGCUGGGAGAUCUGGGAGAUAAAGAGAACGAGUGGACAAAAGAAUAUCAGGCCUCAGAGGAGCUCAAGCAAACCGCCAAUGAACUUGUGGCAAAGGUCACCGACCCCAAGUUACAGAACACAGAGUUCCUGCGGUUCAUUAGACAAAUUGGCGAGGGCAGUGUCACAGUGGAGAGCAAGACAGACAAACAGCUGACAGAUAAAGCUCAGGCCCAGGAAGCUCAGAACUGGGCCUCCAACCUCAACCAGUUCCUGACAGAGACAGGGGGAGGAAGUCUUCCAUUGGAGACCCCUGAGCGGAACGAGAAGAUUGAGCUAACUAAAGCUAAACAGGCCGAGCAGUGGGCCAAGGUCGUCAGGCAGAACUUGCCGCCUGAGUCCAACCUCUUUCCUUCCUCACCUCAUUUCCAGGUGUCUGAGGAGUCAGCGGAAGCUUGGGUGGAUGAGUUUGCAGCAACGGGGCCUGAUUUUCAACAAGCCAAAGCUGCUGUGGAGAGUGACGUGGAUUUCUGGGAGAAGCUGCAGGAGGAGUGGGAGGAGAUGGCCAAGAGGGACGCAGAGAGCCACCCGUGGCUGUCGGAGUUUGACCAGCUGCUGACCACCUCCUACGACAAGGGUUACCAGUUUGAGGAGGAGAACCCGUACCUGAGCCACCCAGACCCGCUGACGGAGGGAGUGAAGAGGAUGGAGGCGGGCGACAUUCCUGGAGCUGUUCGCUUCUUCGAAAGUGCCGUUCAGAAAGAACCGGAAAACCAGCUGGCGUGGCAAUAUCUGGGAACCUGCCAAGCAGAAAAUGAACAGGAGUUUGCUGCCAUCAGCGCCCUGCGCAGAUGUCUGGAGUUGAAGAGCGACAACCUGACGGCACUCAUGGCUCUGGCCGUCAGCUUCACCAACGAGUCUCUGCACCGGCAAGCCUGCGAGACACUGCGCGACUGGAUCAAACACAACCCCAAGUACCGCGGCGUGCUGCAGCAGGACGAGCUGCAGAGGGACGCCACCGAAGCUGGCGAGAAGGAGAGGGAGCGCUUCGGCUCGCUGCUGCCGGAGUCCUUGUUCACUGACGUCCAGUCCAUGUUCCUAAGAGCCGCCAACGCAGACUCCUCUCAGGUGGAUCCUCAGCUGCAGUGCGGACUCGGCGUCCUCUUCAACCUCAGUGGCGAGUACGACAAGGCGGUGGACUGCUUCUCCGCCGCACUCUCCGUCACGCCACAGGACUACCUGCUGUGGAACAAGCUGGGCGCCACGCUAGCAAAUGGCAGUCGCUCGGAGGAGGCCGUCGCCGCCUACAGAAGAGCCCUGGAAUUGCAGCCGGGCUUUGUCCGCAGCCGGUACAAUCUGGGAAUCAGCUGUGUGAACCUGGGAGCUCACAGGGAGGCGGUGGAGCACUUCAUCGAGGCCCUGUCUCUGCAGCGACAGGCGGCUGGUGACCGAGCCACCGCGGCAAAGGGACCCGGGGGCGCGGCCGCUGCUGUGAUGUCCGACAACAUCUGGUCCACACUGCGCAUGGCCCUGAGCAUGAUGGGCGAGACCGCACUGUACCCCGCCGCCGACCGCCGGGACUUGGACACACUGCUGGCUCACUUCUGCCAGAGGGAACCGGAGGGCAGUACCGAAUGAGGGCCGGCCGGGGGAGGGGUCAUCGAGUGUGAGUGCGCCUUACAUGGAGGCGAAUGUUCAAGGACUGAGUGAAGAACCGCCAGGCGGACCGACUGUUCUGCAGGUGGUGAAACACGGCCUUUUAUUAUUUAUCAAGAACCUGGGGAGACUGGCAUCAUGGCUGCUCACCUCCUGACCUGGUUAGCCCCUUGACAUUUGUUUACAUUGGUGUCUCAGUUACAAGCCAAUGUCGGUUUGAUUCCAUCUGAAGUGGAAACUUCCACGGACUGUUGUUCAGGUCAUUUCACAUCCAAGAGGAGAAGAAGCCGCCGCGAUAGGAAAGAGAACAACACAGCAACAUAGAAAUAAAAUUCAUUGACUACAAUAUAAUUUAAAAAAUAUGGCGUAUACACCUCAUGUUCCUGAGAGAUAAUUUUCCUGAUUUUAAUUUAAGUAACAAAAGUGCACCUUAAAUAUUUUCAUUGAGGAAUAAAUAAUAUAUAAUAACAUGAAUGUUACUUUUAAAAAGUCACUUCUCAGUAGUUGAAUAUAAAAUAUACAAGUUUUAAAAUAGUAAUGAUGAACAUUUAUAUGAGCAAAAAACCCUGAAAAUGAUCACCUAUAUCAAAAACAUAUCUACUUAUUAUAAGACAUUUAUUUGUUUCAGGACACAAUAACACACCCAAAAUGUCAAUUUCAAAAAAGACCUAUCUUUUACAGAUGUUUUUUACAGAUUAAAAACAUGAAUUACACAAAGAAAUGACCAGUUUUUCACACGUGUGUGAUAUUGAAGCAAACAUUGCAUUUUUCUUCUUCCAUGCCAACAAUAAUGAAACUUAUUGCAUUGUUGUUCAUUCGUCUUUUAAUUCUCGACGUGUAUUUUCCCAUCAAACCUGAAGGAAAUGCUAGGAUCUCAUGGUGCAUUCUUUAUUUCAAUAACCAACUUCAAAUGUUUGAUCUUUCUGUGAUGCAUGGACUGGACAGUCGCUGCUGCAGCUUGUUUCUCCUUUAGCAAACACGGACCAUGAAGGCCUGCCUGCUCAGGUGUGUGUGGGUCAGCCGGGGCCUCAGCCAUGCUUUGUCUGAUGCGAGUACUAACGUUGGCCCAUCCCCCACCUCUUUUUAUUGUAAGAUAACUCUCCGGUUUGUGUUGUAAAAUAAUCGUGCUCGGGUUCGUCAUCACAUCCCGACGUCCAACAUCAUGUUCAGCAAUAAAGCUUUGUUUCCCAGA